AGUAACAAUUUUUGAAAUAGGGCGGAAGAGUUUGCAAAGUUUACCAAACUUGAAUUAAAAAAGCCCCAAAUCGUGUGUGCAACCCUAUCAUAAAAUAAACUUAAGUAUCCCCUUGACCAAUUUCGCAAAAUGUUGAUGCAUUGUUGGCUAUGCAAAACGUAAACAACGAAACCUAUUGCAUGGGUCACAAAGUUUUGACAGGUUUCAAGUUAAUCAUGGUUAGUGUUUACUCAGCUUAACUUACUAUGUGACUAUGUGAUAUUUAACAUGCUGAAAAAUAAGCACACCCCGCCUGUCCCUGCAGCGAAACCGCGCAGGGAUCAGAGUGUGGGUCGGGAACGAGAACAAGAGAAAGAGCCUCAAAUCGACCCAAACCAUUGGAGUUACCGUGUUAACGAAACUCUUGUGUCUGCCUUGCCCGAUGAAAGUUUACAUGUGACCCUAUUGGGUGGUGCAGAUAAUGGAUAUUUUAUUUACCUUGAUGAAAUUGAUCAUGAUAAAAUUACAUAUCACAGUGGCAAGUUGGAACCAGGGAACAUCAUUCUUGAAGUGCAAGGGCAACGGAUCGCGGGAUACACUCUCCGAGAUGCUAUGAUAUGGCUGAAACAAGUCAGUCAGAAUGGGGCUCCUGUGAUGAUAAAAUCUGUCAAACCAGGUCAGCUACCUCGGGACCUCCGCCAGUACCUGGGCUCCCGAUUUCCGAAGGGCUCCAUCGACCAUGAUCUCCAGCAAACCAUACGCGACAACCUCUACCUCAGAACUGUGCCGUGCACAACCCGGGAGCCUCGACCGGGCGAAGUCAAUGGUGUGGACUAUACCUUCCUCUCGCAAGAAGAUUUUCAGCAACUAGAACAUUCUGGCUGUCUCCUGGAAAGUGGCAUCUUUGAUGGAAACAUGUACGGUACUCCCAAGCCGCCCAAGGAUCCCCAGGGUCAGAUUCCCCGGCGAACAAAUUCUGUUGGCAACAUGUUACCAGGGUAUCAGGCGGCAGCUGCCUCAGGGCCAUGGGAGGGCAGGAGGCGGCGGAACCACAGCAGCUCAGACCUUCCCACCACCCCGACCACCCCGAAAUCCCCGGGCUCAUUGAGGAAGUUUAUACCGGAACCUCCACCCCGGGGCAAAUCGCUGGAACGGUCUGACAGCUCAGAAAGUCUCGGCCCACUACCACAGAACUGGGAGAUGGCUUUUACAGAGGAAGGACACCCAUACUUCAUAGAUCACAACACUGAACAGACCCACUGGCUUGAUCCCAGGUUAGCUAACCGGCAGCCGGAAACCAGCAAGGAAACUGGUUAUGUUCCACCAUUACCCAUUGAGCUGCCGUUUGGCUGGGAAAAGGUUGAGGAUCCACAUUAUGGAACAUAUUACAUAGAUCACGUGAACAGGAAGACGCAGUACGAACAUCCUGGGACGGCAAUAAAGAAAAGUGCAACAGCGGAUGAAAUAAACAACAGUAAUACCUUACCAAGACGAGGAAAGAACGGUGACGUGGCGCGGCGGUCAAUCAGCGACGCUGACAUGAACGGCAGAAACACUCCGCCAGCCUACCGUCCCCGAUCCAGAAAACAGAAGAAUCCUGCGAGCAAAAGAGCUCUUGCAAAAAGGGUAUUCGUUAAAAACCCCAAGGACUUGAAAGGGGAGGUAUUCACAACCCGACUUUUAAAGGGCGAGCGAGGUCUUGGUUUUACGAUCAUUGGGGGAGAUAACCGUGAUGAAGAGUUCUUGCAGAUUAAAAAUGUCGUCAGGAAUGGGCCCGCAUUCGUCGACGGGAAAUUACAAACUGGUGAUGUUCUGGUGCGGGUGAAUGGGCAUUUAGUUCUGGGGUGCACGCACCAGGACGUGAUACAGGUCUUCCAGACGAUUCAGCCGGGUGACCACGUGGAUCUCGAGAUAUGUCGGGGCUACACUCUCCCCUUCGACCCUGAUGACCCGAACACCGAGAUUAUCACCACCAUCGCCGUCGGGCAUAACGACACUCGCGGCUCAAACUCACCCGCUUCAUACAGCUCGCGAGAAAAUGUGGACCGUAACGAUAUGUCAUCGCGGAGUUUGAAAUCGUUACCAGAACUUGUAAAGUCGGCUAGUAUACAUCAAGUGACAGAUUACCCUACCAGCAGACCAAGUGAUACUUCUAAUACUCCUGACUUGAUAGGGCCAGCGGAAAUAUUAACUAUGGAUAUCGUGCGAGGUGAUUCUGGGUUUGGAUUUACGAUAGCAGAUAGUACGUACGGACAGAAAGUAAAACAGAUAUUAGAUCGGCAACGGUGUCAAAUAUUACAGGAAGGCGACUUUAUUCAGCAAAUAAAUGGAAUUAGUGUGGCGGACAUGAGUCAUAGUCAAGUUGUUCAGGUGUUGAAGGAAUGUCCGAUAGGGGAGGCAACUGAGAUUGUCGUUCAAAGGGGAGGUAUUCCGGCCAAGGGCAGACGACAAAAUAAAAUGAAUGACUCAGCACAGGGUGGGGAGCAUGGUGAAGGAUAUAUGAACAUGUCCAGAGUUCGAGAUGAGCUUGAUGGAACAACGUUGCCCCCAGAGAUUCCACGGAGACCUAGGACGCCUUCCAAUGAACAGCCGAGACCGAAAACUCCAUCCGAUUCCCGUCCGAAAACUCCGACCAGACUUGCUUUGCAAGGAGGUAACAGCGCUCGCCCGAAUGUAAAUAUGAACGCGCCAAAUAGUGCUCACUUACCACGUAGAGAUUUCGCAGAUAACUCUCGUGAUUUUAGUCAUGGUAAUGAAGAUAGUUUUAAUGCAAAUUCACGACCCCCUGUUGGACCAAGAGCUGAUCCCUUCGGAAACAUGAGGGUGAAAAGUAGUAAUAAUAUGCACAAUAUUGAUAGAGACCCCUAUGGGCGGACAGACAGUGCUCGACCUGGUCAGUUUAGGAGUCGAACGCCCGGGCCAGAAAUGAUGCAGCGGUCACAGUUUCAGGAUUAUAGGCCUGAUCCAAGCAGACCUAAAACACCGACAGCAUCAGAUAUGCGAAGUAAAACGCCGACUCCUGGUGGGUGGAAUGCGACAGGUGGCAAUGCAGACUAUGCAAGAAACAGUGGGUGGGGUAAUAACAGUGUUCCUUUUAGAAAUUAUGAUGUGAAUUCUCGGACUUGGGGAUCUAGUAUUCCAGAGAAUAGUGCCACACCGAAUAUGCAACGAAGGGAUAUUCCAGACUUUAAUCGUGCUAAUUCAACCGUUUCGGUGGGCGCCGGUCGCCCUCCAAGACAAAGCACAUCGUUUGAGUCAGAAGACCCGAUGUCCAGCAAUAUGUCACGUGUGCCUCGACGUCAGCAGUUUCAGAACACAUCGUUUCCUGCCCCACAAUCACCUAAACCAUUCUGUUACCCAGGAAACACUGAAGACAAUCCGAAAUAUAUGGAAAUGAACGUGACGCUACAACGACAGGACAGUGGGUUUGGAUUUAGAAUAAUUGGCGGAACUGAGGAAGCUUCACAGGUUGCUGUGGGCCACAUUGUGCCAGGAGGUGCAGCUGACAUCGAUGGUCGACUGCGGACGCACGAUGAAAUACUGUUCUGCGAUGGUGUGUGCGUGAUUAACGCCUCACAUCACAAAGUGGUACAACUGAUGGGUAACGCGAGCCAACGAGGGCAAGUGUCACUGGGCGUACGACGUAGAAUCGCUCCAUAUUCAGAUAACUAUCCGUAUGAUGUCAUCGUAAAUCGCCGAGAAAACGAGGGUUUUGGUUUUGUAAUUAUUUCUUCGGUGACGAAGGCGGGGUCUACGAUAGGUGAGUUCAUUGAAAGGUAUUCCAAUUAUGGUCGAUUUGCUGCUGACGAUAUGUUCAAUAUUCGACAUUUAUAUCCAUGGAUUGGUCGGAUCUUAGAGAACAGCCCUGCAGAGCGAUGUGGACAGCUGCGUGUCGGGGACCGAAUUCUUGCAGUGAACGGGGUUGACAUCUCGCACCUACAUCAUGAGGACAUCGUCAACAUCAUCAAGGAGUCCGGGUACUCCGUCACACUCACUGUUGGCCCUCCAAUAGAUGAGUCAUCAAACAAUCCAUCUCAGAGGGGCUCCCAGAAUUCUAUGGUGAAUGUGAUGGCGACGCCGACACAGAACGACACCGACCCUCGGUACAAGUUUCCUCCGCCAAAAGACAUCAACAGAAUGAAAAUGAUCAACCAGCAGGAGAUACCAGAGGGCACGCUCUACAUAGUCGACCUAAAUCGAGGCAAUCGGGGAUUUGGUUUCUCCAUCAGGGGAGGUCAGGAGUUCAACAGUAUGCCGCUGUUUGUGUUGCGGAUAGCAGAAGGAGGUGCUGCUGACGUCGACAAGAGAUUAAGGGUUGGUGACCAGCUGCUCGAGAUAAACGGCUACAACACGGAGACCAUGACACACUCUGAUGCCAUCGACAUCAUACAGAAUGGUGGGCCUUCAUUACGGCUGCUUGCCCGACGGACAGGAAAGCCGCCGCCUGGCUUUGAGCCGUCCCCCACCCCUGGCGCACGCUACCCACAAGGGGGCCCGAUGAGUAACGGCCCUAUUGGUCAGAGUUCCCCGUACCUUGGGCGUCGAAACAUCAACUUUGACAGGGACGACCCGGUCUACUACAACCAAUCAUCAAGCAGAACAUACCUGAACAAUUGAGGAUUAUUGUAAGGAUUGUGAGAAAGGUAUAAAUAACAAGAAGUAUCACUGGGCUUAUCAGCUAGUACGGAUGUUUGAAGGAAUGAUAUUUGGAUUUUCGAUUGUUUGAAGUAGAAAAUUCACAGUGAAUGGUUUGUGAAGAUCGAACCCAUCCAGCUGAGCCACUGGUGCAGCUGAAAGAUUGAAAAGUCACCUUGCAUUUUGUGUGUACCAGCUGCUGUGGAAGUGACGUUGUAUGGUAUUUGAAGGAUUCACACUGUUAAAAAGAUCACCUAGAAUGGGUCCUCAAGAACUGCGGAAUGUUAGUGCUAUAAGAUCCAAGAACUGAUGAAAUUUCAUGGUAGAAUAUCAAGAUCCAGUUGUGGAAAUUUCAUGGUAUUAUAUCAAGAUCCAGCUGUGGAAAUUUCAUGGUAAAAUAUCAAGACGGUCAACACAUUGAGAAAGAUCACCUAGAAUUGACCCUCAAGAGCUGUGGAAAUUUGAUGGUAUAAUAUCAAGAGGGUUUGCACUGCAAUAGAUGGGUUAUUCACAGAAAGGAUGUUUUCAAGAUCGUCCACUAAUCUGGUGUACAACAGAGAUGAAACGUGGAGAGGAAUUCAAUGUGCUUUCACUGUAUGACCUUCGUGUCGUACCGUUAUGUGAUGAACUGGGUGUUGCUUGUUAUAACCAGGGGGACUGUGCAUGAGUAAUACACCGUCACAAUGUACAGGGUACAGAGAAGUUCUUAGACAAGCUUGGUUAAUUAAAAAGAAAAAAAAACAUUUUUGGAACUUAGGGGGUUCUAUAGCAUUGAAAAAAAAACUUGAUUGAUAGAUAUCAAUUUCUUGCAAUAUUGGGUGUUUACCUUAUGAAUGUAAUCAAAUCAUUUUCAUAUAAGCAGCAAGGUACAUUUCCAACUGAACAUGAUUUUUUAUCAUGAUGAAUUUGAUACUCAUAAAUCAUUUUAAUAUCAGCUCCCUUUUUUUAAGAUAACAAAAUAUAUUUGUCAAGUCAAAAAUGUGAAAUAAAAUAUUUUUGUCCAGUAAAAAAGGUGAAAUAAAAUAUAUUUGUCAAGUCAAAAAAGUGAACUAAAUAUGUUUGUCAUGUCGAAAGUGUGAAAUAAAAUAUAUAUUUGUCAAGUCGGAUAUGUGAAAUAAAAAGCGUAGAUGCUUUUGCUGAAAAAAUAAACACUGUUUGUGUGGUCACUGGUUGUAGAUGACGGUUUACGGUGGAAAACUGCUUAAUUGCUGUGCCAUCGGUUAAUUGUGAUGAUUUUAUCAAUGAUAUUACACUUUUAUACUUUAUCAAGUCAUUCAACAUAAGUAGAGAUGUCCAUGUCUUUUUUUUGUUUUAUUUUAUGUUGCAUUAUUAUAACUAUAGUUUAGUCAAAUCACUAGUUUAGAGAGAUAAGUUUAAAUACUUUAAGAAUUAUUGAUAGAGAGAUCAUUUUAAAGCUGCACUCUCACAGAUAUACCAUUUUUACAACUUUUUUAUUUUUUGUCUUGGAAAGAGCAAAUUUUUGCAUAAAUAUCUGCAAACUAAUGAUAUAAGAUUGCUGACAAAAAAUCAGAUUGUAAAUUUUCAUAUUUCCGUUCGAGAAUUAAUGUUUUAUGGCUUUAACCGUUACUAACGGUUUAAGAAUAAUGCACAAAACAUCAAUUUUUUAACUUAAAUAAAAAAAAUAUGCGAUCUGAUUUUUGUCAGCAGUCUUAUAUAACUGGUUUCCAUGGAUUUUUUGCAAAAAAUGGCUCACUCCAAGACAAAAAAUAAAAAAGUUGUAAAAACGUUCAAUCUGUGAGAGUGCAGCUUUAAGGAUUGGAAAAUAUAGCACGUUUACAUUUUUUCCGAUAAAAAAUAAUGGUUGUAAUCAUGAUUGUGAUAAUAAAGCCUAAAAUUAAUGUCAGUCAUAUAUAUAAGGAUUUUCAUGAAACUUUGGUAAAAUGUUCACCUUAUAGAGUCAAAACCCACAAUCUGCUCCAUAUAACCGACUGUCUAGUUUUGAUCUUAAGAGAGUUGUUGUUUUUAUUUUACUUUCACAAGUUGAGUAGAUAUUCUAAAUUUUAGUAUACGGUUGUUUUUAUUUUUUUAGCUUAAUGGUACUUUGAAACACAUACAUAAAUUUCAGUAUUAGACCAUAAUUCAUAUUAAUUGUGCAUUACAAGUUCAUCUUUUCUAACAAACAAUGGAGUAUGUUUGCGGUCCUGUAAAAUAUGCAAACUUAACAUUGUGAUAAUGUGCAAAAUUAUUUUUAACACUUGAAACAUUUUAGUUUGGAGAGAUUGUGAAGAACCGUGUAAGUGUAGUUACACUUGUGUAUGUGUAGUUACACUUGUGCAUGUGUAGUUACACUUGUGUAUGUGUAGUUACACUUGUGCAUGUGUAGUUACACUUGUGCAUGUGUAUUUACGCUUGUGCAUGCGUAGUUACACUUGUGCUUGUGUAGUUACACUUGUGUAUGUGUAGUUACACUUGUGCAAGUAACACACAUACACACACAAGUAGCAGUUGGCAACCUCUCUGUUGAUAGUUACCGACAUUGCUUUACAUGAGCAUAUCUGUGUUACCUAUUUGGCAUGCCAGUAAUAUUUUGUUAUAACUUAUUCAACUGUUUUUUAACUGAAUGAUGUUUUCGGGGGAAUUGAAUGUUAAACUGUAUUAUCUGCUGGAUGAAUUAUACUUAGUAAUACAGUUUUAUAUUCAACCCAUGAAUUGUGACUGUCACCACAUAAUGAAUUUCAGGUCAAUAAUUUAUUGUCUGACUAUAAUUUUCUAUUCGACCCUUGAGUUGUUUUACCACAUGUAAAUUUAAGAGUCAAGUCAAUAUUUUUGUGUCUGACUAUGAUUUUAGGUGUAGAGAAUUAAUGUGUAUUACCUUGCUAAAUGAAUUUUUUUUUGCAGUUUUGAAUUUAUUUUUACAGCGAAAUUAUUGAUGUCUUUUUUUAGAAAUUAUUUGAACUGUUAUUCUCUGACAGUUGCAUGCCUUUUAAAAGUUUUUUUUUAUUUUACGAUCAAUAGUAAUGUUGCCUGCAAUGUUUGGGAGACAUUUAGAGAUAACUUUGUCCGGCGUCCACAUCAUGUUUCUUAAGUUUCGGAUAAUUAACUGUAGAAAAACUUGCGCAGAGUCUUCAAACUUGGUAUAGAAAAUUGCCAUGAUCAGUAGGUGACACUACUCACCUAAAAAGUGACCCUUAUUGAAUUAAGGGGCAAAGGUCAAGGUCACCUUCACUAAAAAGACUAAAAUAGACACUCUGGACAGACGACACAUCUUAUGCGUGGAAUUCUAGUAAAUUUUAUGCUUAUAGUGUGUGCCUAUAGAAUAUCCAAAACAACGCCACCACCCAAAGUGCUUUAACUGGAUUUUUUUAAAUUUAGCCAGAUUUAACAAUGGUUUGUGUAUGAUUACAAGUAUAAAUGCUAUACAAGUAUUAUUAGUUUUCAGUAUGAAUAAGAAAUUUGCUUUUAACAUCUAAAAAAUUAAUGCUGGGCAAGUAGAGAGACAUUUGCGCCAACACUAUUCGUGCCUGGCGUAAAAAAUAAAUUGCUUGUAACAUAUGGUACUUACAAUAAAUGAAGCAUAGAGAUUUUGGCCCCAACGCUAUUUGUACCUGGCUAAUUCGAUAAAAUAACUAUUUCUUGUUUACCAUACUUUGAUUCUUAAACUUCUUCCAUUUUUUUUUAAAUUUUAACCAGACAUUUUCAUAAAACUAUAAAAUCGGAUAUAAUUAUGUGUUUGUUUUCAUACCAGGUAUUUUUGCUAAUAAGACAGAUUUUCAAAAUUCAAUAUGACCCAUUUAACCUUGUUGCGAUUUGUCGAUUGAGUCUUCAUUAUUACCAAAAGUAUUCUCAUGAUAAAAGUGGUUUUCAUCCCUUGAAAUAUAUCAUUCUAUGAAAAUUAUAUCAUAACAAAUAUCUAUCAAGAGCCAUCAUCAUCAUUCAUAAAUUUACUGAUUUAAUUCAUUUUGUUUUUUGGUUGUGUAAUUUUGUUUUGGUUGUGUAAUUUUGUCAUGACGUCUUAGUUUGUUAUAAUGGUCAUCUUAGGUUGAUUAAUUUGAUUAAGUGUUGUGAAAAUUAUGCUUAUUGGAACUGAAAUUUGUCAUACAAUUUCAGAAACCAAGUAAAAUUUCUUUCACAUUUCUGCCAAUAUUCGGAUUUUUAAAUCUGAAUAAUGUUAUUGUCCAUUUUUUUUCUGUGGCAGCGUUAUUAUUGUGCAAUUAUUUUUUGGCCAACCAGAAAAAAAAUUCUCAUUUUUUAAGAAAUAUGUUUGAUUUUAGAAAAUGUUGAUGCCAUAAUCAAUGCAUUCCAGCUGUUAGGCACAUUUUCCGAGACAUACGAAAAUCACUGCUUGUAUUCUUGAUGAAAUAGCUCCCAGGGGCAAUGUUAACAGACAGUCCCAAGUCUGAGUUCAGACUUAAAUGGUAAAACUGUAAAUGUUCAUAUCAUUGUAUCUCUCUUUCUAGUUUAGUUUUGAUGAAAGAAUGAAAUAAAGAUGAUUCUUUGUAAUUAAUAAAAGUGCUUUUUUCUGAGUCAGACUCUACCAUUCAAUCAGGGGUUAAAUUUUAAAACAAAUACUCAAGAUAAAAAAGUAAAGAGGAUUUCAUAAAAAAAAUGUAUAGACUCAGACUAGAGACUGUUCAUAAUUAUAAGCCCUGCACCCUGCACUAUAAGAAAAACAAACCUCUACUACAGGGAUGUGAUUUGUCCGUGGAAUCGCAGAAUUCCGCGAGGCUAAUGCCCCCCCCCCCCCCCCCCCCCAAGAAAAAAAAAAUAAAAAAAAUUAGAUGAUUAAGAGAUACUUGUGUGCUUUUGGUUGUAAGAGUUAAUAUCCCAGUUUGCUUCAAAUUUAAAGCCAGAAGAACUCCCCAAACAGCUUCUAAAAAGCCAGUUUUUCUUCCACAGCAGUGUGCUUUUGACCCCUAAAAGUGCCCCAAGAACCCAUGGCCAAAACAGUUUCAGCCCUCCAGCUGCCAGGUCAAUCACAUCCCUUCUCUAGAUUAAGAACAGAAAAAGUCAUAUUUGGUCUUGUUUUUAUAUGCCUUGUCUUUAAUGUUGUCAUUCUUAAGUUAAUCCAAAGGAUUUAAAAUCAUGCACUUAUUUUUGUGAUCAGCACUUAACAUUCUCUUAAUUUGUUAAAAAGCUACAUGUAUGUUGUUAUUUUGCAUGGUUACUGACGGUGGCUGAGAAUUGUUGGUAAAUUGUUUAAUAGAUUGAUUUUCAUGUUUGUAAUAUGUGAUUCAAAUUGUAUUUAGACAUGAAUUUAGUUGAAGAUAGAAGUUAUGGUAAUUAUGCAAGUUAUUUAAAUUUCCUAAACGUUAAUAUACACAAAUGUUAACAGGAUUAAGCAAUACAAUUAUUUCAUGAACUUGAUGAAUGAUUCUUGUAUUAGAAAUAUUUUACAUGUGUAUUAUAUAAGCAUUGUUAAUUGAGGACAUAGAUGUAUUUUCGUAAGUUUUGAAACUGAAUGAUGAUAUAAUCUUGUGCCUGGUAUUUCAUCUGUAGUUAUUUAUUCUAGACUUCCAUAUUCAUGAGUCGACUUGCAUUGUCGAUAUUUGGUGUUUUUGCUAUGUCGAUAUUUGGUUUUUUUGCUAUGUCGAUAUUUGGUGUUUUUGCUAUGUCGAUAUUUAGUGUUUACGCUCUGUCGAUAUUAAGUGUUUACACUCUGUCUAUAUUUAGUGUUUACGCUUUGUCGAUAUUUAGUGUUUACACUAUAUCGAUAUUUAGUGUUUAAGCGCUGUCGAUAUUUAGUGUUUACGCUUUGUCGAUAUUUAGUAUUAACUUCUGUGGAUAUUUAGUGUUUAAUUAAGCUUAUGCCUCCCCGCCAAUGGAUAAUCGGAAGGAUUCAUAUUCAAUCGAAGGUGUUUGAGGUAAACAACUGCCAAAUUUCCUUUGUUUUAUUAGGGAUGUAUAGAACUCAACACAUGCUUCCUGGAUAGUAGAGGCGAUUGUGGUCACAAUAAGUUAUUUAUUUUUUGUGUUACUCUACUAUUAAUUCGGCAGCCGAGCUGCGCCCGUAUUAAUUAUGUUGAAUUAAUAGUUACAGCAAUAUAUUAACUAUAACAAAUACUUAAAGACAAGUCACAUUUUUGUGAUUUGUUUAUUGUAGCAAUCUGUAACUCAUUUAGAAACUCCCAAAAUUAAAUUGUCAUUUUUCAAAUGAAAUUAAUGAAAGCUGGGACAUUUUAUGCACAAAUAUUACAUGUACUUGUAUGGAAGUCAUGUAUAUUUAAAAGGUUAAGACAAUUAUUUGUAAAAUAGACUUAUUAAUUAAUAAUCAUAUGUAAAUAGGCAACAUAUGUACGGUACAUAUAUAACAAACAUAUGGUAUAUAUUUCAUAUCAUUAUUUUUGGAAGUACUUUCAUUCAUGUAUUCCACUCCCACAUGUGUAUUAUAUAACAUAAAAAUGGUUUUGUGUAUUAUUAUAGUCUGUCUUUAGAAUUGUUUUAACGAGUGUAUAAAUUAAAUUCCUCAAUUUCAUUUGAAUCUAACUAAGUUUAUUUGCAUGUGAUGUGUGCUUAUAUUAUUCAGUAUCAGUUGGGCGAAUAAAAGUUGUCUGUUUGAUUUUAAUCAAAUUUCAUUGCUUUGCGUGUGAAAAGCUUAGUUAUUUUGAAUGUUAAAAAGAGGAAUUUUUCUCGUGUACAUUAUAUACAAAGUGAAGAUUUUGUACAGAAAAUAUAUAUAUAUUAAAAAUGACAGAAAUAUGAA